GUUGUGAAAAGUUUAGUUCAGUGUUCCGUUGCACCGGCUGCCUCCUACAACGCGAAAAACUCUUAAUUGUGGUCAAUAUUAAGACAAAUACCCAGUGAUUGUACGUUAAAUUGGCAAAAAUAACCAUUCUUCUGAUGUGUAAAUAUUUGCUACUGAUUAACACUACACUUAUAUGGAGUCCGAUCUGGAGCAAAUCAUCAUCACCUAUAACGUUUAUGUUAGUUCUUACUUUCCUGACAAUUCUGAAGUCAUCCCGGACCGAUACGUUCACAAUAGGCUAUAUAACAGGAUCUCAAAGGAAAAGAGGCGAUCUGGAAUACUCCAGACCGGGUCUUAUGAUAUCUGGAGCGAUUUCGCUAGCUGUAGAGGAAGUUAAUAAAGGAAUUCUUGGGCAAAGAGGUCAUCGACUUGACUUUAUCGUUGCUGAGACAUUUGGCGAAGAAGUGAUCAGCGUCCAAAGGACUGCUGAGCUAUGGACGAAAAAUGUGUCGGCUUAUAUUGGGCCGCAAGAAACUUGUACUCAUGAGGCUUAUAUGGCUGCAGCAUUUAAUUUACCCAUGAUUUCUUACUUUUGUACCCAUUAUGAGACAUCUGAUAAGAAGAAGUUUCCAACUUUUGCAAGAACUAGACCACCAGACACUCAGAUUUCGAAAUCUGUAGUUUCCCUAUUGACAUAUUUUGAAUGGAAACACGUCGUUCUAUUUUAUCUCAACUCGACCGACUCGGAGUUUUCUAAAGUUGCAAUGACGAUGCUGGAAUGGUUAGCAUCUUCGGGCGUCAACGUUGCCCACACCAAUUACUGGGACACACCGUAUCAUUAUGGUUACACUGAUAACCCUUUCUACAAAUUGGUUAAACAGACGUAUGAAAAAACUAGAAUUUAUGUCGUUGUGGGACAUUACUACGAACACAUGGGCCUUUUAAUUGCUAUGCAGCACAUGGGUCUUCUUGAUCAGGGAGAAUACUUCGUAAUCGGAGUUGAUAUCGAACAGUACGAUGAAAAAUAUCCCGAGAAAUAUUUAAAGGGUCUUCUCAAGGAAGAUAAGGACCCCGCAGCUGAAAAAGCAUUCCGAUCUUACUUUGGAGUGUUUCCAAGUAGUCCCGUCGGUUUCGACAAUUUUUCCACUCUAGUGAAUGCUUAUAUGGAACGACCACCCUUUAACUACCCCAACCCACUUAAUUAUCUCGGAGGUGGCCGCAGGCAAAUCCAGGCCGAAGCCGCUUAUCUUUAUGACGCCGUUCAUUUAUACGUCAGAGCUUUAAUAAAAGCUUUGGAUGCCGGAAAGAACCCAAGGAACGGGACUGAAAUAAUAAACUACAUUAAGAAGAGUUAUUAUAAAAGUGCAAUGGGAAUUCACCCAUUGGUAAGGACAAGUCAAGUUUCACUAAGUUCUAAUCUCGAUAACGAGUUAAGGUAUUCGACUAUUUUUACUCAAGUAGGUUUAUACAAAGGACGAUUAUAUGCAGUCAAGAAGGUUCAUAAAAAAUACAUUGAUCUUACUCGUACUGUGAAGAAAGAACUCAAAGUAUUGAGAGAUUUGCGGCAUGAUAAUCUAAACGCUUUUAUCGGCGCUUGCACCGACCCUUCAAAUAUUUGCAUUGUUACCGAGUAUUGCUCCAGGGGGAGCCUAAGGGAUAUAUUGGAAAACGAAGACGUAAAAUUGGACAGCAUGUUUAUUGCAUCCCUUGUUGGUGACAUUCUACGGGGGAUGAUUUAUUUACACGAAUCUCCAGUUCGAUUUCAUGGAAACCUUCACACAGGAAACUGUCUGGUAGAUUCAAGAUGGGUCGUCAAAUUGUCAGACUUCGGUCUGAGAGAAUUUAUGAAAGGCUCAGAAGAUCCAUCUUCCAAAGAUCCGUACAAAGUACUCGAAAAAUGCCGAAAACUAAUUUAUCGUGCCCCGGAAGUGUUGCGGGCCAUGAAUUCCCUUUUUGAAGAAGAUGAUACAAUCGGAACUCCGAAAGCUGACGUAUAUUCUUUUGGAAUAAUCCUGCACGAAUUUUACAACAGGAAUGGACCGUUUGGGAACACGGACUUGCCUUACACAGAAAUUCUGCAAAGAAUCAUGAAUUUAUCUUCACCUCCUUUCAGGCCAUCGCUUGAAGGAAACGAAAAUAUUUUCGAUUUCGUUAAAGAUUGCUUGAAGGAAUGUUGGGCAGAAGACCCAGACUCGAGGCCUGACUUCAAAACAAUAAGAGUGAAAUUAAGACCGCUACGGAAAGGAAUUAAACCCAAUAUAUUCGAUAAUAUGAUGGCAAUGAUGGAAAAGUAUGCAAAUAACUUGGAAGUUCUGGUGGAUGAGAGGACUUGUCAGCUUCAAGAAGAAAAGAAGAAAACAGAAGCCCUUUUGUAUGAAAUGCUUCCAAAACCUGUGGCAGAUCAGCUUAAAAUCGGCGGAAAAAUUGAAGCCGAAAGUUUCGACUGUGUUACAAUUUAUUUUAGCGACAUAGUAGGAUUCACUGCGAUGUCAGCAGAGAGCACUCCCCUUCAGGUGGUAGAUCUUUUAAACGAUUUGUACACUUGUUUUGACUCAGUCAUAGAGAAUUUUGAUGUUUACAAAGUUGAGACCAUAGGAGAUGCGUACAUGGUGGUAAGUGGACUUCCGCUACGAAACAACAUGAACCAUGCAUCAGAAAUCGCUAGUAUGUCGUUGAAACUCCUACAGGAAAUCAAACAAUUCAAAAUUCGACACAGACCUAACGAUAAACUGUUACUGCGAAUCGGAAUACAUUCAGGCCCAGUAUGUGCGGGGGUAGUUGGUUUGAAGAGACCAAGGUAUUGUCUAUUCGGAGAUACUGUUAACACCGCCAGCAGAAUGGAAUCAACUGGAAUUCCUUUGAAGAUUCAUUGCAGUAGACAAUGUACCGAAAUAUUGAAAGAGAUCGGAGGAUAUCAUUUGAUUGAAAGAGGCUUAAUACCUAUAAAAGGAAAAGGAGAACAAAAGACAUUUUGGCUUUUAGGAGAAACUCCAAAAGCGAGCCAAUUAAGAAACUCCGAACGACAAAAGCAAAAGGCAGCGUCAUUUCAUCAAACGCUUGAAUCGAAUAAAUCCCAUUUCAUUCCGAAAAGUUCACUUAAAAAUAAACACAAAUCAAGAAAUCACAAUGUCUUGCCCCGCUGUUCCAGUUUUGAAUCGACCAAAAAAAUCCGAUUUGCCAGUGGCGAAAAAUUAGCAAAUCAUAAAAACUCUCAGCUGCAGUUAAAAAUACUGACGGAAAACGAUUUAAAUUUUCCGAGUAUUUCGCCAGCUGCAUCUCCCAGUUGUUGUAAUAAAUCGACGCUGAAAUCCACGAGCGUUUCCUGUCCGUGUAUAGAAAAUCUGUCUGGAUCCGGAACUAUCCUUAUUAAUUCCCAACUGUCAGUCUAUUUAAGUCCUGACACGAUGAAUAAUAAAUUGGAAAGACCGAUGUGCUAUAGCGUUCCAACACUUUGUCUUUCGGUCUCACAUGUUCAAAAAGAACAAGCUGUCUCAGCUCCGACAAGUCCCAAAAAACAUCACGCCGUCGAUUUGCUAUUCCAAAAAUCUGACGAUUUUUUACAUGCCAAUGAUUCGACGCCAUUAUUAAAAGUUACCACAGCAGACGAUACAGAAUUGUUUACGUAAUGCAGAAAUUAAUUUAUUACCAAUCUUCUAUUGCUGUAAGUAUUCAAUGUGUUUAUUAUUUAUUUAAUGGCUUAAGACGAUUUUAUAGAUACCUAUGUAUUUAUUUAGUAGUAGUAAAUGUCCACUGAUUGUACUUAAAAGAUGUUCUCGUAAAAUACAUUAUUGUG